GUCCUUCAUACGGUGACUGUGUGGGGUCAUUGUGAUCCGGGAGUGCCCUGCCCUGUAUAAUACACUCUCCGCCUUCACUGCAGAGGAGUGUGAGGGGCCGUGAUAUGAUAGUGCACCUCCCUCCCGCCAUAAUAUGUAGGCCUCACCUCACCAUUGUCUGCAUGGAAUGCAGCUUCCUGCUCAUCGUCUGUUCUCAACCCCAGUCCUCAAGUACCCCCAGCAGGUCAUGUUAGGCAGUGAACUGAUCAAAUCACAUGUGCAAAAUCACGGAAAGCCUGAAAACAUGACCUGUUGGGGGUACUUGAGGACUGGGGUUGUAAAACAUUGAUCUGAAGUACUCGUGUGUGGAUGGGUACAAUUCUAACAUUCAAAUGGAGGUCUACACGUCUAUGUGCGUGCGCAUUUCAGCUUUCACUCAAAACAUCACACGUUUAUUAUCCAAGUGUAUUAAAUGAGAAUAACCCUUGCCAUCACUAGAAUUUAGUGAGGAUCAUCCUUUAUGAACAGAAUCCAACACUAACAUGCCAUCCUGCUUUGUACGGGGAUGCCAGUCUGGCAGCAAGAAAAAAGAGCAGGAACAUACACUGCAUUCUUUUCCUCGAGACCAGGAAAUGAUCAGUCGUUGGUUAUUUCGUAUAGGUCAUGAAGGAGAUUCGGUGUAUAGUCUUUCUGGAGUGAUUUUGGCUAACAGAACCGGAGCUUAUAGAAUAUGCUCUAAACAUUUCACUCAGGAUUCAUAUGAGCUGAGAGGAUCUAGCUAUUUUUUGAAAAAGGAUGCCCUUCCUUCUCUGUUUUUGGAUGCAGAAAGUGAAUCAGAGCACACUUAUGCAAAGAAAAGAAGACUAGAGGAGGACAGCCCGGAAAUCACCUCUUCUUCCCAAACAACAACACCUUCUGCAGCUUCAGUGGCCAAUGCUGUUUCAAAACCCUCUGAACAGUUGCAAGAACCUUGUACAGGGCCUGAUCUAUUUCUUCCAUUAAGCUAUGAGUAUGUAAACUGCAUUGAACUAAUUGGGGUACAAGCAGUAGAAGAAAUCAAAACCUGGUCCACACCUGAUGUGGACAGUUCAGCCUCAUUUGCCCGCAAAAAUGAAAAAGUUGAAAAACCACAUAAAGCAAAAUUAACUCGCAGCAUACAUGUUUCAACUGAAUAUUUCCCUGGACAAACUCACAAGCACACACAGUUUGAUAAAAGGAUGGGCAUGAAAGAUAAAAAUCUCCAAGUCGUCAGGAGACCCCCACAUCGGUCCAUUGGCAUUCAAUGCAAUCUUGUAAGCUUACCUAGGUUAUCAGAAGGCCCAUCUUUUCACCAGCAUAAAAACAUCGAUAUGAAUGAAACUCAAACAAGUUCUAUGGGACAGUUUUUUGUAAAUCCUAUAAAAAAAAUAGAUUUUCCAGUUCCCUCUGACUAUGUGCAGGAAGAAACUGAAAAGUCACAUUCUGAAUUUGAUGAGAUGCGUAGUCCAAAAAGAGUUGUCCUUGAUAAGAGCUACCAGCCAAAAGCCAGAGAAGAGGAACAGGUCUUUCAUGACAUGCAGGGAAACAAGGAACUUUACAUUGAUCCUGAUGAUCUGGACAGCUCCUUCAUUCUUUUAGCAAAUGAAUCUCUUCCCACCAAUUUUUUAACUGAAAGGAAGCUGUUUGUCUUUGAAUCAUGUUUAGACAAACUAUUGAAGUGCUGCAGAUGUCAAGCUAAUCAAUCUUGCCAGGGUAAUAUAACCGAUAUCAUAAAAUACCGUGUUGGAUCAGCAAUGUCUGUUACUGCUUAUUGCUCUAACAAGCAUCAUUUUCAGCUGUGGCGGAGUCAGCCCAUGAUUGGACGCAAACCUGUUGGCAAUCUGCUGAUAUCCGCAGGAAUAGUCUGUAGCGGAUCUAAUUUUGUAAACUUUGAAAGAUUUUUUAAUUUGAUAAAUAUUUUUGGCAUAAGCAAGUCAAGUCAUUACAAAAAUCAAGACUUAUUGGUUUUCCCUACAAUUAACCACCACUGGCAGCUAAAUCAGAGGGAUACCUUGGCGUCAUUAGGUCACCAACCAGUAGCCAUUGUUGGUGAUGGACAGUUUGAUUUACCUUAUCACUCUGCAAAUUAUUGCAUGUACAGUUUUAUGGAUGUCAACUCAAAAAAAAUAAUUGAUUUCCAGAUAGAACAAGUUGAGUCCAGUAGUAGUGCUGUUGCAUUAGAGCACAAGGCUUUUAAAAUUGCGCUUGAUCGAUUACUUAAUGAAGGCAUUCGUAUCCAAAUAGUAUUUACAGAUCGGCACACAUCAAUCAGGAAAUUAUUGCAUGACCACUACAGUUUCCUCAUACACCGAUUUGACAUAUGGCAUGUGGCCAAAUCGAUCGGAAAAAAAAUUGCUGCAGCAAGUCGGAAGUCUAGGUGUGCUCAAUUGUCAAAAUGGGUUACAGCAACUAAAAAGCACUUGCGGUGGGCAGCAAGUGCAUGUGGACAUAACCCUGCUUUGCUUGUGGAGCAGUGGUCCUCCAUUGUUUAUCACAUUGCAAACCAACACUGUUGGCAAAUGGGUGAUUUAUACAAGGAAUGUCACCAUGCAGGGAUCAUGGAGAAGGAAGACCGAGGGACAGAUUGGCUAGAAGUAGGUUCAACAGCAUAUGGAGUUUACAAAAACAUUGUUUUGAACAAAAAGCUAAUUAAAGAUCUCAAGCAACUUUCCUUUUGCCACACUGGUGAAAUAGAGGUGCUCCACAACACCACAAUGAAGUAUCGGUCAAAACACAAACAUUACUGCAUGGGUGGAAUGGUGGCACGCACUCAGCUAGCCGCACUGGACCACAAUCACAAUAUUAAGCGAGUCCAGGCAAAAGUCAAUGCAAAAGAUGGCACACCACAUCACCUUACCAGUAAGGAAACAAAAUCUUGGAUGGCAGAGAAAAAUUAUGAGCCCUCUAGCCAGGGUUUUUUGAAAACCAUACUCUUGGAUGUCUUGGCAUUGGCUGCAAGAAACUGAUCUAAUCGAAAUCUUAAUACGUAGAGGUUCCAGGAGGGCAUAACCACCUAUCCAUGAGAAGAGAUAUUGGAACUACUUGUUUCUUAUUAUUGAAGCCUAUAAAUGACAUGCAACGGCAACAUGCCCACCUCUUUGUAGACAAUUUGUCAAGUUGCUCUUCACCAUCUUUUGCUUCCCUUUUUCUUCCUUGAGUUUGUGAAUACCGCUUUCCUUACCAUAUAUCCCCACCGUUCCCUAACUCAGGAAAGACUUAGAAAUAUGUGAACCUUCUGCAAUUUCAUUACUGAUAACUGUUCUUAACUAUGAAACAUGUUUGAACUAAUGUUGGAUAAGUGGCUAUGUUACCUGUACCAUGUACUGUAUGUACAUCAUUGCUCUUGUGUUACUACUUUUUAUAAUCCUAAAUACAAUAGAAUAUAGCAAUGAAACAUCAUGUGUUCCUAAAGCUUAACUCCAGGUAGAUUUAAAAGAGGAACAUUAAAAGAGGAAUAAUAUCUGGGUGGUCUUCACAGGUGCCGACUCCUCCCUUUUCAGUGGACGUUUUUUUUUUUGUGUGGCUCCUUGCAAGCCCCUUGGGGCGGUCCCCCUUUUCCCUUUGGUGGUGCUUCGGGGGGGAUGUGGGUGGCAAUCCAGCCCCCUGGAUUCAUCAACAGUAUUAUCUCUGGUCACAUGAAUAGUUAUUUUACCGCUGAGUGGUAAAUAUACCAUUAUGAUUUAUUCAACAACAUGUAUGACGUUUUUCUAAACUUUUAAAAUGUAUAUAUUUUUUAGAGCCAAUUGUCCCCCUGAGGAGACCGAGCAGAGGUCGAAACGCGGCGGGGCUCGCACACCCCAUAGCCUAUGCUAUGUAACGAUGUGCACAAUUUUGUUCUUUUAUUGCAUUAAAUUGUAUUUGUACUGUACAUAUACUGUAUCAUUGGACCAGAUUAAUUCUACUGUAUUCUAUUCAUGCUACUGGAUUAUUCUUCCAAUAAAUAAUUAUUUUUAUUCUAA